GUUCCCAAGCCGUCCUCUCUUUUACGGCCUUAUCAAGAAAUGACGAAGGGAACAUCUAGUUUUGGUAAGCGCCAUAACAAAACACACACCCUUUGUGUGCGCUGUGGUCGAUCAGCUUACCAUAUCCAGAAAAAGCGGUGUGCUUCAUGUGGCUACCCAGCUGCUAGGAUCAGGAAAUUUAACUGGAGCAUCAAGGCAAAGCGAAGAAAGACCACAGGAACUGGCCGCAUGCGCCACCUCAAAGUGCUGUACCGCCGCUUUAAGAAUGGAUUCCGAGAGGGAACUGAGGCCAAGUCCCAAAAGAAGAAAAGUGGUGCCGCUGCCGCCUCCAGUGCCGCUAAUCAAUGAGGAAAAGUACAUGUAAUAAAACUGUUUUCUUCCAACAACGAAAA